ACUAAAAAUUUUGGUAGAACCCUACAUUAAUUUUUAUAUGGAUUGAGUGCUGGGGUGCUAAAAUGCAUCUCAAAAACUCGUCGUUUAUCAGUCUGCAUUGAUCGUCGAUGAAUCAAAAUGUCUUUCGUGCGGUUGUGGGUGAAGUUAUUGUUUUGGUUAAUAGUGGCAACAAAAGUGAGUCUAUUAUUUUGCCGGUUUUCUUUUUCUAGAAUAAUAAUUGUCACGAACAGGUGUCGAAAUCAGAAGCUAGCACAAGGGUUUGUGUUUGGUAACACAUUAACAAAGGAUCACUGUAUUUUGUUCUCUAAGUUUUGUUCAUUCUGGGUUUAGAUAAAAGAGGUUCAAAUUUUAUAUAGUGCUCCCAUAAAAAACAUCUCGGUGAUAUCAAUGUUUACUCAGUAACACGCAAAUCUCAGAGACAGGAGAUUACGUUACCGAAUCAGUCUUUUAAAAACCCAUCCUCAAGCUCACGUGUUUCGAAGCGGAAAUCAAUUCGCACCAAUCAGAGAUUUAAAUUCUUGGAAACAUUAAUUUCCGAGCAAAUAAUUUUGAAAUACUACAUCUUUGAAGUGUCCCAAAUAAUUUACUUGCAAGUCAAGUUUUCAAACGCGAAGGCUGAGUGAUGUCCGACAACUGAGUAUUACUCCUUGACGACUGUUUGCUUAGACGAAUUUGGUCAGCAGAAAAAGAGACACAAUCUGUGGCAGCUGGAUUCAAGGAGAGGAGGAAAUAUGUGGAGUAAAAUGCACAAUUCAAGCACGCCGACUUCUUUACCACCGACAGCGUGUUACCAUCUUCACCCGUUGGUGAUUAAUACCGUGCGUUAUGAGCCAGACAACAAAACCAGUGCUGUGACUGUAUUUACCUGUGCAUUUAUGGCAUUGGCAUGUCCUUGUGCAAUUGUCGCAAAUGUCAUGGUCUUCCUUGGUGUUUUGAGAAAACCGGAGCUACGAAACAUUUACAAUACUUCCAUUCUAUUUCUCGCUACCUCCGAUUUGUUAACUGGCCUGAUAACGCAUCCUUCGUUCAUUGCAUAUCAAGGAAGCAAGUUGACGAAACCCGAGCAAGAUUUCUCCUGUAUCGCUCUGGUCAUAUAUUCGUACACAAAUUUUAUGUUCACUGGCUUGUCUGUGAUAACAAUAAUUCUUAUGACAUUGGAAAGAUAUCUAGCCAUAUUUCAACCUUACAAAUAUCAAGCCUUCGUUACCAAGCGCCGUCUCGUUACAACAAUUUCUCUCGUUUGGGUCAUAUGGGUCACAUUUAUAACACUCGUACGAUUUUCUCCGGGAGCGCGCUCGGGUUUAUUUGGUGUUAUAGCCGGGGUAUUAUUAGUACCUUGUAUUUUACUGACAAUGUUUGUGUACUGUAAAGUUUACUGUCUAACUCGACGGAUUCGUGUGUCAAUAGGUCAUGAGUUAACAACGCCAAGAAACGCCGCGGAUAUUCAAGAGACGAAAUCGUCAAGAACAGUUGCUUACUUAGCUGGCGCGGUUGUGGUUUGUUUCUUGCCGACAAUUGCAGUCAUAAUAAUUCAGGAGACAAACGCGAUUGAUGCGAAUUAUUUCUUUCACUUGCUGUAUCCUCUCACUGAAUCGGCUGUCCUGUUGACGCCCGUAUUUGACCCUGUUAUUUACAUGCUCCGAAGUAGCAAAUUGAAAGCAAGUCUCCGCGAGUUGUUGCGAGACCGAGUGUUGUAUACACAGCCGACCAGCAGAACAAGGGCGACUACUUUAUCAACGGGAUUAAACUUGGAGAUGACAGUGCGAUCAUAAAACAUGACACAAUAUAUGUUUAAUCAGGAGCACAAAGUAUUUUUAAAGCAAGAGGAGAAAUCGAUGUUAUUUUUUCUUCCUUGGAAGGUCUCUGUACGGACGAGAUUGGUUUAGGUGGAAGUCACGCCUUGCAGAACUUCGUAACAAAUUAAGCAAAUUUAUUAUGUCAAAUUGUGGCGGAAUCUUUAAACUAAUGUGUUGUGUAGCAGUUCACGCAGAUCUGGAGAAUUGUUUUGAUUGUUAAAUGCUAAUGAUCUAAGCUUUCUUCUACUUUUAAUUUCAAGCUAUCUACACUCGUCUUUUAAGCAGAUAUUAGCUAAACUGCGAGAUUCCUUUCUUAAUUUAGGAGAUGAAAACCCUUACAUUAAUGAGUUAAGCGGAUUUAAGAAGUCUACGUCAAAGUUUAAUCAAAACGAAUCAACUUUACCGAAAAUUGCGCAGUUGUUAUGGUAAAUGGUUCUUGUUUGCAUGUCGUUUCGUUUUAAUAUUUCAUCAGUUAUUUGCACUCUGCAAGGUAUAGCGACUGUUAUGUGAAAGAUCGUUUCUUCUUCAAAUCGAUGCCUUCUUUUAACUCAACCUUCUUUUAGAUUUCUCUCACGGAAGUAUAAAUUGUGUCUGAGAACAAAAUAAGUUAAAUAACACGUUGAAUAAAUUAGGGACGCCUAAAAAAUACACAAGUAUUGUUUAUACGAACAUUGUACGUAAGUUAUUGAUUCACAACAAAUUCAUCAUUGUCUAGAUUAAGAAAGCUGCAUGAUACCUGGUUCUCUGACUUUGAGCUUUUCAUUUAACAAAUAGUUGCAUUACCCUUCAAACUACUCAAAGAAAAUUACAAAGAGAUCCGGAAGAAUAAUCACAUAUCAUAUUAAGUGCUCAAGCUAUCCCUGAUCAAAUUGCAUUAGCUAUUAAUUUUAACGAUGCCCAGCCGUUAAAGGAUUGUAAUUUUGUUCACACGAUUAUAUCAGCAUGAUUUUAA